CUCUAAUCGUUUAGUAAAACAGAGCCUGUAGCCGUUUCCAUGCAGGAGAAAAGGAUCUGCUGCCCCUUCAAGAGACUUGUGCUGCUGUUCCUCUGGGUUUAAUUAAUAUGGAUGUUUGGCACCAAAUCUGCUGCUGCUCCUGUGCACAAGAAGAGCCAGAGAACAAUCCACUCCUCAGUGAGAUGCUCCGGUACUUCGAUCAGCUGGGGAAACGCAAACGGGCCCAGGCCACCAACCUGUGGAACGAGCCCGCGGACGAUACCCACAUGGAGCACGACGACGACCGCGAGCUCUACAACCUGCUGCAGAAACGGGCCAGGCUGCGCCGGGGCUCGGAGGGCUACCGACGCCUGAGCUUUGACAUCAGCGCCCACCGCCAGAUCCGCCGCGAGGUGAAGGACCGAUGGAGGCAGAUCCUAGAGGUCCUGGGGUUCAGCGCCGAGGCAGACAGCUUGCUCGACAUCACCUCCACGGCCUCCUACAGCUCCCUGCGCCAGCCCCUGCAGGCCCGCCAGCUCCUCACCGCCCUGGCCGAGCAGACCAGCCUCUUCGACCGCCACUGCAGCCUCCCCGAGCGAUACCUCUUCGUCCUGGACCGGCUGCUCAUCCUGGACGCCAGCGAUGACUUCCUCUCCGCCGCCCGGCGCUACUACCCCCUGGAGGCCGAGGAGGGGCCCCCCAGCGAGGAGGAGCCCCCCAGCCAGGAGGCCGUGCUGGUGACGCUGAGCCCAGCGCCCCAAGGCGCGGAAGAGGAGAUGGCUGCAGUGAUGGAUGAAGAGUCCUUGUUGGUCAAGCUGAUCGAGUGAGGCCUGCCCUUGGGGGCAGCCGGGUUAGGCUGAGCGCUGUCCCGCUGUGUCCUGCUGCUGCUGGGGGGGUACGGUGCUGAGCAGGGGGUCAUAGCCCCCCCCCUCACUGCGCUGGGGCCUGUUGGCAGCCUGAAUCUGCUGUGUGCCCCCUCUGCUGCCCUCUUACCCACCUGCAAAACCCCCUCCCCUCCCCUUCCCUCCCGCUGCCUGGCCCCCACCCUUCCCCCGCUGGGCUUGGGGCCACCUGGCCCUUCCUGUAUUGUUGAGGGGGGGGACGAGGCGCCGUCCUGUUGGGAAUGAGGGUCUGGCGGUGCCUGUCAUCUGGAACAGGCUGGGAUGUGCCUGCUCAGCCGGCGGAGUUGCUCCUCUCUGCUGGCCUCACUCCCAUGCAGCCACCUCUGGGGUGGAACGCAGCGGCUGCUUACUAGCAAUGCUACUCUCCGGUUAGGGGGGAGUCCUAGACCGCGUCUGUCAGUGAGGGCACCUGCAAACCAUUAGGCUUUUCUACGAGCAUUGGCCCUGGGCUGCAGUGAUUCAUACUGGGGUACCUGGGAGCUGGGCUGGAGAUUUAUAGCGGGAAGGGUCCCUGCAGCUCGGCCUGUUGCUGUUCAUCCUUUCCUGGGUGGGCUGAUUCUGUGUGAAUGUUCCCUGCCAAAGCCAGUCGGUGGGGGGGAGGCAUACCCCAUGGCUCACUGGUGUAUUGACAAUGGAACGAACCUGGGGGGAGGUGCUGUCAUUCUAGUGUAAUGAAUGUCAGUCACAGAGGCAGGGUGUGCGGGGUUGUGGAGCAGUUCACCCCCCCCCCCAUCUUUUAUCAUCGACUUCCCUGCAGUGGGUUUCUGCCUCAAUUUCUCAGCAUGGUUCGUAUAUGGAGAGAGACCUCUCUCAUCGAGCUGGUAGGGAGUCUGAAAGGUCAGCGAGUCCAGCCCCCUGUCUUCACUGGCAGGACCAAGUGCUGAUUUUUGCCCCAGAUCCCUACAUCGCCCCCCUCAAGGAUUGAGCUCACAACCCUGGGUUUAGGAGGCCAACGCUCAAACCACUGAGCUAUUCCCCCUCUCCCCAUUCAGAGAAAUGAUGUGGCUUUUCUGACACCAAUCCAAUCCCCCACUCCCUGCCACAACCCGUCUCCAGCCCCCCAACCUGCUAUUCCAGACCUGAGCCGUGCGGCAUUGCAACACACCCCGCACCACUGAGCUGCAGCCGUC